AUGUUAUUCUUUUCUUUCUGUGCAUUUAAUUUUUGUGAUGACAGUACCAGUGCAGUGAACAUUUCUGAAAGUGAUAUAAACCCCCUUACUUUUGAACGGAUCAUAGUGGGUAAAUACGGCAACUCCAAAGAAAAAUGUGACCCUGAUGCUCUGAACGGUAAUGCUUCAAUAGCAAUCCAGAUGUGCUCCAGAGAAGGGGAAAAUCCUACUUUAAAGUCCUGCUGAAUUCUGAAUGGUAAUGAAAAUCUGGAUUCCUUAGUAUCACAGGCUGGAACUGUGGGCCCCAGCGAGGUUUCAGCUACUGCAAGUGACGCUCAAAUCGUCACCUCCAGGCCAGACCAACUGACCACACAAAACAUCAUCGCUGCUGCAAAGGUUGCAGUGCAGAUUAUGGAAAAGCCAAAUGUUUCAGCAUACUUUCAGGCGUCUGUGGCAGUAAUGGCAGCAAUGGCUACAAGUGAGUCAGCUUUUGUAUGCCAAGGAAACAAUUCAUCCAAUAAUCUUGUCAAUGUUACACCAAGACUCACAAAAACAGUGGAGGAAUUUUCUUUGACUGGCAACAUCUCACAGCCCAGUGUUGCAAUCCAGCCUGCUCCACUGAAAUUAAGCUCCUCUAUGAUUCUGGUUUUGGCACAGAGAAAUACAGCACUGGGAAAGUGCCAGUCAGCAAAACUAGAAAUACAGGAAAAUGUUCCUGUGCUUCUUGGUGACCUCAGUACUGAAGUUCAGAUACUGUUCAACAUUUUAAGUAACAGUUCAUCAGACAUUGGAAGAGUUGGAUUUGUCCUGUAUCAAAAGGAGAAACUCUCCCAGUCGAGGAUUUAUAAGAGUUGCAACAAGUUGUCUGAACGAAUCAUCUUCGGCAACAUUAAUGGUAGAAUAGUGAGCAGCGUUGAAACAGCCUUCAGUCACAAGUACAACAUAUCUGAACUGCAGCUGUGUGAUCAUGCCUGGGUCUUUUGGGACUACUCCAUCAAUGACUGGAGCACCACUGGCUGUGCAAAAGGAAGAGACCAGUUCUUGAGAUGCAGGUAUAAUUUCACGACUCAUUUUGCUGUCAUGAUGGCCUUUCAAAUCAAAUAUAAAUAUGCAAAGCCUUUGGAGUAUAUCUCUUACAUUGGUCUUGGUUUGUCCAUGGCUGGUCUGAUUAUUACCAUUUUGUUUCAAAUAUUCACUAUGAAAACUUGAAAGUCAUCUGUAACAUGGAUGUUAGCGAGUCUCUGUUUGUUAAUGCUCAUUUUUAACAUCAUCUUCAUCUCUGGAAUUGAAAACCAUAAUGCCAGGAAUCACAGCAGUGAUACUACCACCUAUCACCAGCAAUACCUUCCUUAUGAUAACACCAGUAACACCUCACUCACAUCUGACGUGGUAGAUCCUCCCACAGGCUCCUGGUGUACAGCUGUAGCCGUCCUACUGUGCUAUUUUUUCAUGGCAACCUUUAUGUUGACAGCACUCAAUUCUGCACAGUUGUACUUAUUGCUGCUUAGAGCCAUGAAGCCCCUGCCGGGACAUUUCCUUGUAACCACAUCAGUAAUUGGAUGGGGAAUCCCUGCCAUAGUAGUUGCAAUAACACUCAGACCUACUUACAGAGGAGGAAAAACUUAAAACUACCAACAGGAAGAAUUUUGCUGGCUUGCAGCACUGGACCAAAAUCAGAAUUUCAGUGUGCAAAAGUCCAUGUUGUGGUCAUUACUCUUGCCAGUAGCACUCAUACUCCUGUUUCACAUCUUGAUCUUCAUCAAGAUCAGUACCUCUGUGAGAUGUAAGAAGAACGAAAAUUUGACAAGGAAUAAAAAGGAUUCACUAAUGAAAAGUAUGAUUAGCACUAUCUCUGUAGUGCUUGGAAUCACCUGGAUGAUAGGCUACCUCAUGUAAAUGAGUCAUGAAAAAACAAGUCUUGUUUUCAGUUGUCUGUUCUGAAUUUUGAAUGCUACCCAGGGACUCCAGAUCUGUAUUCUAUACACUUUCAGAACACUUUGAGAAAAAAUUUUCCAAAAUGUUUCCUGUUUUCCACUGUAUCUGCAUUCCAAAACUUAAAAUGUUUCAAAGUCACAGCGAAAACAUUCACAGGAAACUUUCAGGUCAACCCAGACUUUUUCAGAGAGUAUUUCCCUGUGUACCUUCCCUAACCAGAGUUAG